GCUUUGGGGUGGGUUUAGGGUGGGAUUUGCAUGGAUUUGGGGUGGAAUUUGGGUGGGUUUGGGCUGGACUCGAUGUCAGGCUGUGCUUGACUUCAGUCCCUUGAGCUCAACUCAGGGCUGGGCUCAGCUUUGCGCCAGCUUUGGCUUUGGGUGCCCCCCUAUUCCUGUUCCCAUCCCCGUUCCUGGUGUGAGCCCCUGAUUCCCAUUCCAGGAGUGACCCCCAUCCGCCUCCUGAUCCCAUUCCAGGAGCGACACCCCCUGUUCCCAUCCCCAUUCCUGGGGUGCCCUCCCAUUCCCAAUCCCAUUCCAGGGGUUCAGAUGUUCGUCAGUAACCGGGAGGUGUUCGGGUUCCUGCCGGUCCCGCUGCGCUCCCACAGCUCCCUGCGGGACGAGGCCGACAACUUCCUGCACGUCCAGCUGGAGAUCAUGGUGAAGCUUCCUCCGGCCGAGCCCUCCCCCCACGUGUGGGUGCCCCCCAAGGUCUCCGACAAGAUGGGCUUUGACGAGGUGUUCCUGAUCAACCUGCAGCGCCGCUCCGACCGCCGGGCGCGGAUGCUCCGGACGCUCCAGGAGCAGGGAAUUUCCUGCAAACUGGUGGAGGCCGUGGACGGUCGGGCCCUGAACAGCAGCGAGGUGGAGGCGCUGGGGAUCCGGAUGCUCCCGGGAUACCGGGACCCCUUCCAUGGGCGGCCCCUCACCCGGGGGGAGGUGGGCUGCUUCCUCAGCCACUUCCGCGUCUGGCAGGAGAUCUCGGCACGGGGGCUGCGCAAGUCCUUGGUGUUCGAGGACGAUUUGCGCUUCGAGAUCUUCUUCCGCCGGCGCCUCACGGAGCUCAUGGAGGAGCUGGAGGAGGCCGGGACGCCCUGGGACCUCAUGUGAGUCUGGGGCCUUCAUCCCCCUCCUCAUCCUCAUCCCAACCCCUGGGACCUCAUGUGAGUCUGGGGCCUUCAUCCCCCUCCUCAUCCUCAUCCCAA